AUGUAUAUGUCAGCCACAACUGUUGGGCAUACCGAUUUCCCACUGCACGGCACGCAGCAAAAGCGAAUGAAUGAUUUGACCAAACACGUCAGCUUUGCCCGGUCCUACACCCUGACGUCAUUUGACGAAGCCAUGGGUGGCCGACCCAUGUCCCGUCUAGCCGCAGCUAGAAGCCAAGAAAGACUGAUAGGUGGUAAAAAACCUACCAUCACCCUGUCCCAGCACCAACCGAUGGCAGCUCAGUUCGCAACGCCACUGCAUUCGAUUCUCCAACAGCCAAACCACCAACCACUCAUGGCCCAGCAGUUGCAACAGCACCAGCAACAACAACAACAACAGCAACAACAGCAUCAGCAAUUGCAGGUUGGUCAACUACAGCCGAUCCAUCAGCACAUUCACGCCCAUCAGCACCUGCAGCAUCUGCAGGCUCACCCCGGUCAGCUCAUUACUCAACACCCACACCAACAUCAGCAUCACAUAGCAGUAAUGCAACAGCAGCAACAGCCACAACAUCAACAUCCUCCUGGAAGUGCUGCUAGCCUGCUGACUACUGCCACAACAGCAUCAGCAGCCACCCAGCAGCAAGAGGUCGUAGUGGUAGAGAAAGUCAAACGAAGUGCCAUGAAAACACAAGCCACGCAAACGGAGGUUUACUUGAACAAGAAAGCUGCCACGCCGCAUCAGCUGUCGCUGAGUCCCAGGACGAUUCAUAGGGUGAAAAUGGUAUCGCAAGGUGCGCAGACCAACGGGGGACUGAACGGGAGGAAGCUGACGAAGAGCCUUUCUGAGGCGGCCGACCGGGUGCAGGAAAACGGCAUCGAUACCGGUGGCGUGCAGGAGGAACUGAAGACUCUCACCGAGCACGAGCAGCUUCAUCGAACACACUCCGAAGAAUCGCCCAAAUCACCAUUCACCAUCACUUCACCGCCAUCCAAAUCACCGCUCAUGCAACAUUUCGAAAUGCCUUCGCGCACAUCGUCCCAAUUGAGCCACUCGGAGACGUCCCGGAGCGACAACUAUCCGCUGGAUAGGAUCAUGACCCACUCCCGGAAUCACUCGCAGGACAGUGCCACUUCGUACAGAUCGACCGAUGGAUCGCGGACGUCGUACGAAACCAGUUCCUAUCCAUAUGAAAUGUACGACAGCAUCAUCAUUCCCAGAAAGGGGAGUCACACUUUAUCCAACGAACCGUUCCAAGUUCUACGAAGAGACAUCGAACAAGUUCACCACCAUGGCCACGAAAAUGGCUACGUAUUUGAAACGCACAGCCUUCCGAGGAGAACUUGCAUCCACCACAAGCCGGAAGAAUUCCAUACUCACACAUUGCCCCGUCGCGACUAUCACCCACAUCAUCAUCAUGAGAUCAUCUUCAAGGAUCAACUCAAAAUGCCUCCCCAAGAGUUGCUCAUCUCGAACGGUAGCGUUAAUCAAGAUAUUCGUUCUUUCGACAGCAACAGUCUCAAUAGACGAAUGUCCGCCCAGCAAGUAGCAAUGCAGCAAGACAAACAGAACCAACAGCGCCGGGCAUCGUAUGCCUAUGUAACUCCAGAUACCCACUCCCUAUCCAGACGGAACUCUAUCACUCACCAGCAAGUGCAAAAGGUUCAACCCAUGAUUCAAGCCCACAUACAGCAACAACAGCAGCAGCCGCCUCAGAAACAACCGCAACAACCUCCUCCACAGCAACAGCAGCAAAUAUUCCAACCACUAGUCAAACCCCAAGCCCCCAUCAUCUUCUCGCAACCUGUGCACCCCCCACCCUCGUGCCCCAUCACUCCCCCCAACAUCCAACCGCUGGACAUGCAGGACGACACAAAGUCCUCGUCCGACGAAAGCUGUUCUACCUGCGACUCGGAAAGCGAAAAGGAAGACAAAGAAGAACAGGAAAUCUUUAUCGACUUCAAGCCUCGUGUCUCACCCGUCCCUUCGCCCAGUUCCAUCAAGAAGAAGAAACUACUGAAAACCCUAUCGGAGGGUGAAAUCCUACUUGACAGGAAAAAGUCCAAACCAACGGUAUUAAUCCCGGCCAAUGCCAUCUCGGCUAGUGAAGAGGACCUAAAGUCCCCCGCUGUCGUCGAUCCACACAAAGCUAAUGCUAAAUUGCAGUUCAGCGAAACGCCCAUCAAAGACGAGGGCAUAUUUAUCGGUGGCCCAGCGGCGGAUCAGAGGAAGGAAUCGUAUCGAAAGCGAUCUGUCAGUUUGGAUGAACCGACCAGUGUGGAGGAGGAAAAGGGCCUACUGGAGGAGCUGGAGGCGGAUUCCAAGGACGAUAGGAUGGUAACGGCACCUCCCUCGCCAUCCCGAGAGGACAAGCUUUCGAUCAAAUCCCACUCACCGUUCCACUCGUCGGAAUCGUUGGGAACCCGGGACAAUUCCGACGGGAUCUGGAACGAAUCGCAGGCGACGAUCAUGACACCGAGUUUGACCGAGAACGGAAAGUUGACACCUACAACGAAACGGAAAAAUCUUCUGCUUCAGCAUCAGCAGCGCAGUUCGAUGGAUACGGAUGCGCUGGACAUGGAGGAUAUUGCUGAUCAGCCUCUCCCUCCGCUCCCGGUGACCGUGUCAAUCGGUGUGCCAUCGGCAGCUACCCAACAACCAUUAUUGCUCUCGUCGACCGCCGUGUCGCCCAUAGGAACAGGGCCGACACCACCGACGACAGUGACAACCGGUAUCGUGAAACCGACGCCUUCCAUUGCGGUGAUUCCGUCGCCCAGCAUCGAACGGGAGGAACGGGACCUGCUGCAGAAGCAAAUUCAGAAAACAGCCACCCUACGGCGCCCAUCGAGGCCACUGUCGCCGUCGAAACGGCGUGGCAGCGAGCAACAACAGAAGAAGCUUUCCAAGAUCGAACCGCUCAUUCAUCGCUCUCCAGACAACAUUGAACGUAUCGUGCCUGCAAGCCUGAAGGACCAAACGCCCAUAAGUGCUCCAACAACAACAACACCACAACUUGCCCACCCAGCGGAGUAUCAGAAACAACCUUCCUCAGCGCCACCAGUCUCAUCGUCUUCGUCCUCGCGGAUCCCCUUGGCUAGCGCUAGCGUUGUUCCUUCUCCCCGUUUCGAGCACGCCAAACUGAAAGGCCUCGAUGACAAGGAUCUAUUCGGGGACGGUGGUGCCGGCUCCGAGGGAAGUACCACCGAAGACUACGCCACCUGUACCGACAACUCGAAACGCACCAUCACCGGACCGUCCUCCGUCGGUGGAACCAAAGCCAACAUAACCCAGGAGGGUUCAUCCUUUGAGAGUGCGUCCUCUCUCUACAGCCUAGCCCGGGUCGAUGCCAUCUGCGAAGAUACACCGCCAAUCGAGGAAAAACCAUCGCCGCCCCCUCAGAUUCCACCCCUACCGAAAGCAUCGCCAGCCCACUCGGUCAGCAGCAGCUCCAGCGGAAGUUACAACAGGGCCAACAAGAAGCGGACCGGCUCCCCAUCACGACCAACCAUACCGAAGACACUGCCAGCGAAGCCAAAAAUCAAACCGGAAUCCAUCUCCGAUGACGAGCGAAGUGAAAAACGCUACUCUUCUUCCCACGACGAGAAAGACGUGAAGGGAACACUGGCAAGACCCACCCGAAGGGGGCGUGACUGGAAUGAGGAAGAACGGAGAAGGAAAAAGAGUUUGUUCAAGCUGGAGUUCGAUAAGGACUCGCUCAAGACCUACACCACUCCGAUGCUGAGGCAACCUAGCCCAGGCUUCAAGAAACUAUCCCCCGAAGACAAGGGUGCGCUGAACGUUCUGGACGGAGCAAGUCCCAGCAGCAAGCAGAAGAGAUUCCGGCCUAAGACUCGAAAGUCACCACGAUCAAGAUCUUCUGUUGGCGAGGACACCGUCAGUACGCCAAUGCGGCGCGUCAAAACUCCACUAAUUCGCAGUCCCGAGAAGCCCCAGGCUUCCACCCUGCCUGCGGUUACCAUCGCCACCCCGAAGCUCAGUCCUUGUCAGUACUAUUCGCAAAUCCGGAGUCCUCCUUCCGUCGGUUCUCCAAUGAAGCAGAAAAUUUCUCCAGAGAAACGAUUGCAAGCGAUUUCCACCGAAUCGCUUCGAUCGGUUUCACCAGGAUCAGACUCCGUAUUCUACAGCGAGGCGGAUGCGCUAUCCCAUUCGGAAAAGCAAGUUCACUGCCAUCACUGUGGUAAGGACGUCGAGGUUGUGAGCGUUCCUGGCGAAUCCGAGGGAUCCAUGACGGCCCUGACGCUGGACUCGACGGACGGUGAUCGUCCCGAUAUCGUUCAACCACCGGAGGGGUUUGCUGAUUCGCCCGAUUGUACGAAAACCCCUCACCACACACGACUGUACAAGAAGAUGGACAAGCGAUUUCGCUCCGAAGAUCGUCACGCCGACCGCAGGCACUUUAAAUCGCGGCAGGAGUAUCGAGCGAAGAGUGAGGAACGUGGAAAGGAUGACAGUGAACCUGGUAAACUACGACCCGCAGGAUCUUCACCUUGUGUCGCGCCUGUAGCUCCCUACAGUGAACAUCAGGUGGAACCGGAACAGGGUGUCUACCACGGUAACUACAAGGCGGGGUUGUGGAUCUGCAUAGCGGAUAGGGACGUGUGGAGACGGCAUGAUCUGGCCGGUGAAGGCAGCUUCGAUCGACCGCCUCGUGAUCUUGCGGAACGGCGAGGAUCGACCGAGUCCGAAAAGGAUUUCCGCAAGAAGUAUCAGGCGAUCACCCACAGGCUGGUUCAUCGGAAGUCGUGCGUAGAAAUGUACCGGCGGCAGAAUACGAAUAGCUUUGAAACAGACAAAUCGGUUGUGGUAUGUAGGAAGUCUGGAGAAUUUGGGUUUCGAAUACACGGAUCCAAACCGGUGGUAGUUUCUGCCAUUGAACCGGAUACUCCAGCGGAAACAUCGGGUCUUGAAGUUGGAGAUAUCGUUCUUUCCGUGAAUGGGAUAUCAGUGAUCGAUAAAAGCCACUCGGAAGUGGUCAAGAUCGCUCACGCCGGUAGUGACACGCUGGAACUUGAGGUGGCCCGCACGAUCGGAGUCUUGUCGCCUUUGGAAGACACCACAAUGAAUCCAGCCAUCUAUUCCGGCUUUCUGUGGCGCCUUUCUAGCAGUUCCACAACAAAAUGGGUAAGGCGGUGGUUUUCGCUCCGCCCGGACCACUGUCUUUAUUAUUACAAGUCGGAAUUGGACAUCCAACCAAUCGGUGCUAUCAUCCUGACGAAUCACAAGGUGGAUCGACUUUGUGUGGAAGCCGGUGGUCGACCGUACGCCUUCGCCAUCGAAACGGAAGAGGGUACCAAGGUGAAGCUAGCUGGAGAUACGGAGGAAGCUGCCAGCCGAUGGAUUGCCGUUAUCAGCCAUGCGGCUCAGCAGAGCGAUCUCUGGCUGGAUACCAGCGCCCGAAACCUACGGCUGCCUCCCAAUGGGAUUCCGAAACCGGACUGUGUGGGUUCGUUGACGAAGCUAGGAAGCAAGUGGCGCUCGUGGACCAAGAGGUACUGCGUGCUGAAGGAUGCUGUGCUCUAUUUCUACCAUGAAACUAGCAGCAAGAAUGCUUUGGGAAUGGCCUGCCUGCAAGGCUAUCGGGUGCAACCGUCAUCCGCUGGUGGCAAGAAAUAUGCCUUUGAGAUCGUUCCUCCAGAGUUGACUUUGCGUCACUACUACUUCCAUACCGAUACGGAAAUGGAUAAGAAACGCUGGGUCGCUGCUCUAGAAUACUCGAUAGACCGAUGGAUGAAGGCCGGCUGAAAUAUGUUGAAAAGAUACGAGCAACUCGUAUAGUAUACAUUUCGGCGCAUCCGCACGUCGUUCUACGUUAUUUCUGCACCCUCAUGCGACGUUUUCUUUGUCUGAUUCGACAUCCCCAUUACUCAUCCGUUCUGAUUAGGGUUGGAAAGACCCGCGUGAUUCGACCUCGCACCCGGAAUCACGAGAGCACAGAGCCAAAGUACGAGAACCCAGUGUUUCGAAGCAGUAAAUCGAAAUUUUUUUAAACUUCAAUGGAAGGAAAAUCGAUAGCUAGCAUAGCAUUAAUCUUACUCGUCGUCGGUGUCAAUAUUUGUAAUACCAGUAAAACGAUAGAAAAAUCGUUAUUGUGACCAUUGCUCAAAAUUGUCGGUUUUCAGUUAUUUUUUUGAAACUGUUGAAGAGUGAUGUUGUUUCGGAAACGAGCAGCAGAGAACGGUGAAUAAUUGACGAGUAAUCCUGGAAAUACAAAAUCAACGAACUGAAGCAAGAUUUGGUAAGCGUAGCGCGUGUUCUUAAUGUGUAGCCAAUCGAAGCGGCUUAGGGAAAAUGUUUACGCACAUUAACGCGAAAGUUUGUUCAGGCUCUAUGUGCUAUAUAGUCAAAAGUGAUAGAUGUAUUAUGGAGGUGAAUAGUCUAGAUCUAUAUCAGUGUAAAAGUGUAUUCUAAAAACUGCGGAAGAACAAAUUCCAAAAGUAUAUCUCAUGUAAGAGGAAAUCGAACAAUUAUUAAUAAAUUGUUGAAGAACGUGUGAAAAAUAGCAUUUAGAGAAACUGUUGAAGCAUUAGAUUAGAGUUUAAAAUUUACAAUGAGUCAAUGUGUACUACCAGUGAUGUUUUGGAUUGUAUCGGAACGGAUCUGAACGAAGCUUACGUGGAAGUUUCCGGUAGAAGUGAUUGCUGAAUCCGAAACAGAUCGUGACGGUAUCGAUGUUUAGAGCUUUAAUGUAUCCUCCCAUUAAGAAUUCAAUGGCAGAAGUAAGUAGAUAAUCCAUAUCAAAAAAUGAUAAGUUGAUUUCUUUUAAAUCGAUUACAAAUUCAUCCAUUUGAAUAAAUAUCGUCUCAAGUUAAAACACAAAUGACUAAAUAUAAUGCAUCAAACAACCUAACUCUGGCAGAUUUCCAAGCGAUCCUCGACAUUAUUCCACGAGAAAAUCAUUCCAGACUGAUACAGAUACGGGUCUACUCAAAGCUAGAAUUUGAAGCACAAACGAAAUACAGCGUAAAAUGCCACCAUUUUGUCAUUCAAAUCGAUCAUCAAACUGCUUUAAAAGGGGAAGAUGUUGGUAUCGCACUGGAAGUGUCAGGAAGGGUUCGGUUUGAUCUUGAUAAAAUAUGAAAUAAAUGAAACAUUAAGUGCUUUGGUCGUUGUGACAGGUAUGAAGUAGAUAAUGCGAAACACAUCUCAAUGACAAUUCUUUUUCACGUCCAAACCGUGGACGGUACUAAUUUCUGAUACUUUCACAAUCGAAAAACAUCUCCAUUUGUUCAUUCUGAUCGGAAUUUCUCCCGGAAAUUCACUUUAGCAGUAAAACGACAAUAACUGUAAAAUUUCACAAGCACUUUCCAUAUUGAUACUGCAUCCUCUAUAAAAUCAGGACAAAAAAAACUCACACUUGUUAUUGUCACCCAUUGUCUAGCAACUGAAUCUUCAGAAAAAGGUUUCCCAUUGUUAGUUUUAAAGGAUAAUUCUUCAAAAUAUCUAAGUUAAAUCUUUACAAACGUUCCACUGUCCAUAUGAAACACACACACACAUAUACAGACAGACAAAAAUUUACAACACCAUCCCGAAAGCCAAAACCAGUGGUGUAAAACGAAUGACCUUAAACGAAAAGAUAAAAUCGGAUAUAAAUUAAAUCGAGUAGCUAAAAAGAAGAAAUAAAUGCAAUUGAUAAAUGAUCUUUUUUUAAACAGAAAUGUUAAAAUGCUGAAAUUAGUUUAUAACAUUCAGAAAAUUAUAGCGUAGUUAAAGUUUUAUAAGAAAUAUAUAACGCAGAAGAGAUGAAAAACGAAUCGAAUCGGAAUUAUCUGAGCCAAUUCAGAAGGGAUAAUUUGAUUUUCGGUAGUAUUUACAAGAAAUUAUAGCAUGGAAGAUAGAAAGCAGGAGAGAUUUAGUAAACUGUUCAAAGUUUUAUUUGAAUAAUAGUUUGAAGGAAUAACAAAAAAAAAGUCAAAAUUAAAUAAACUUACAAGAUAAACACACCCUCAAAACAUGGAACUAGCUGGCACACAUCUAUCUUUAGAUAAGAAUAUCAAUUACUAACGAAUAAUCGUAUACUGUAUCCGGAUGCAAAUGAAAAAUACCUACCAAAAUGCUUGAUAGACCGAAGCGCUGCGAAAGCCACAUAGAUCUUGUGUGAAAGUUAAAAAAAAAACGAGAAUCCGUGACUUGAGUCGCACAUAUUUAGAGUACCAAUUGACCGAUAAAAAAAAAACGAGUUAGUAAACUCAUAGCACUGCCAAUUGAUACAAGAGAAAAACAAAAAGCCGACACUGAUGUUCAUUGAACUUGCUCACUGAUGCGGUAAAUUUCCGGAAAAAAAUAAACUUACAGAACAUCAACAGAAAUGGUGCGUAAUAGACCAACUCCUAGAACCAAUUGUGAGAUUACAUAUUGAAGAUAGUGAACGAAA